AUGAAGACGUUCCUGAACUCGUUCAAGAGCGAGCAAGUUGCCGAGCAACCCGCAGAGACCCCCCUAACCAUCGAAGAAUGCAAGACAAAGUGGCAAGAAGCUAUCAACGACGAACUUAGGUCUCGAGAGAAGCGGCAGCGCAAUGAUGGCGUCCAUAUUCAUCACUACAAUUGGCAAGGAGACCCGGUAUUUGAACCGAGCAAUACGGAGCCCGAGGUGUCGCUUUUCGUCAUUGACCUCGACAAGAGUAACCGGGCCGUCGCGAUGCGUGACAUGGAGCGGAUCACAAGCAUCACUAAAAACGCAAUGAGAUACAUUGACCCGGUCAUCACGUUGCUCCCGGGGAGCGAAAUCCCUGUGGGCCAGGAGACAUCGACGACGCACAAGGCCAAGGGUUGGGCGGCCAAAUUCUACACCAUACAUGGCUCGUGGAAAUACGACGAAACGGAACGCAAGACGGCUUAUUUGGAUAGAGGUGAUGUCGAUCAAUAUAGAACAAGACCAAGCGUGCGGAUUGAGAAUGGGUUCCUCCUUCGACUGUUGGAGCGCGACGAAUCGAUGCGUAAAGCGAUCGGAGUGCCAAAAUGCAGGGAUCGUAAAAACGGGAAUAGAAGACAACGGCGAGCCCCAGUGAAAAGGCCAUCGCCGCUCAGGCAGUGCAUCAAGGCCUCUGAUUUGUAG